UGUUUUAUGAAUGGUUGAUUCCUUCCGACUCAAAGUUACCAUCACUUUAACCCGAUCUCCGAAUCUGGACCAUAGCUUGGUCUCUUUUAAUCAAUAUAUCACCCUGCUUCUUGAUCUGCAGCACGCUUUUUACUCUUACAUGUCCAUCACAUUUCUGAAAUUAUCAUAACGUCAAGAAUCUAAAGUGAAGUACACAAAGGAAUACUUGUGAUAAUACAACGAGAGAGAGGAAAAAAGGCCCGAAGGGGGAUCUACAGCCCUAAUCCCCAUUCUUGCUAUGGGGAACUUUCUAUCAGCCCCGGUCGAAGAGCGCCGUCGCUCAAUACGAAUAUCCAAACCACUCACGAAUCCAUUCACGCAAUGCAUGCAAAAUACAGGGUCUGAAGACAUCCUUCCAAUGAUGUUGAAGUCGACAACUACCACUGCCAAUUUCCGGGCAUCAGUCACGCCUCCGAAUGUCUCCCCUAGCCUUCAUGAUCCUCAAUUCAAAGUUCAGUUUCGUCCUUCAGAGAACAGGUCGGAAGAUGCAGAUAGUCCGGUCGAGGAAAAAUCUCCCCUGGAAGCAAUCCACGAGAGGGUUGGUGAUAUCCCCUCUUUCAGCUCUCGCGUUUGCAAACCUUCAAGCCGGCGAAGCUCUUUCCAAGCAUCUUCCUCACGGAGCUCGUCAAUUUCAAUAGACUACCAGAGGCCAAAGAGAUCACUUUCAACUCGAUCAACUUCACACAUGGUUAAUGCAGUCUUGCAUGAGAGCGAGCUAGAGCACGCCACAUCUUCAAACACUUAUUUCAUGGUCGACAAUCAGCGGUUUUCUUUGACGAGACGGAGGUCGCUCCUUACUCGGCCUAGUACCGGGCCGAGGAGACCAAGGGACAGAUUACGCAGAGCGUAUUCUUCAGCUGAUCAUGAACUAGAAUCCCCAAGCGAAUCUCCUAUUGAGGCGUUCGAUACUUCGCAGUGGCCGCUUCUGAGUCCUAGGGAUGCUGAUUUGAGGUAUACGUUCUCGACUCCACGCUCGACACGGCCUUCAACUCCAACCGAGUUCGAGUAUACCCAUUUAGGACAACUCAAGCUGGGGUCUCUGCGGGUCGUCAAUGUUUCUACCUCGCCAUGCUCCAGUGAUCGCACUCUCAUGACCAAGUCUGAUGGUAAAGGUGUUCUAAAGGCGAAAAAGGACUCAGACGGACGGCAAGGAGUAGGAAAUUAUAAAGAACAGAAUGUCGAUUUCAGACACAUCAAAGUUUCUGCACCUACGUUACAGAUCCCUGAUGCAGCUUGCAAGGACCGAGAAGUCGACGGGUUCCCUGGGAGCCCCUUUUCGUUUGAUAAAUCGCCCAUUGUUCCAGUUACCCUGUCCUGUAUAUCGCCCUGCAGUAGUGAACCUGAAGAUGAGGGAAUUCACGUGCCCAACAGCAGACACUCACUUGAUACAAUUAGUGAGAGCCAUACCAAAAGCGAGUCAAGUGAUGGUGUGCCGGAAGCUCCACGGUCGCCUGACAAGGUCGAUAGUGGCUACAGCUCAGCAAACUCGGUCCGCUCCUUAGAGGAGAGCGAUUAUCAGAGUACUGCCGAAUUUCCUUUUUCCAAUCAAGAUGCCUCCCAGGAAUUGGAGGCACCACCCGAAGACCCUCCCGGGGAAACACAGGAGAGUUGCACUGCUCAGAUGGGCACUUGCAUACCUCAGAAUUCUACAUUCUGGGAAUCACCCCUGGCACGGAUUGAAAGUCUAUGCAUUGCGGACGUUGCAUUAUAAAAUGGGUUGCGCUCAUGGAAGAGUCGCGGGAGAAACGGUGUCAUUUGGCUUCUUAGGUCUACAAAGUCCGCAAAAAAGUGUUUUGAAUUAUGAUGUAUACACGAUCCUUUCAUAAUUGGUCUCAAAAAAAAACGAACAUGACAUAUAGAUAUAAAUGGAAAUCUUAAGACAUUCAGCUUGCUGAAUAGU